AUGGGAAGGGGAUCCAAACCUUGGUCACUGGGUACGGCCGGUCAUUCUCCCCGACCGUCAACACAUACAGGGUUGACAGUGACCUUGGCUCAGAUGGCCACAUUCAACUGCUUCAUCACGCCCACCACACCAAAGGAACUGACGGAAAAGUUUCGUGAAGUAUCCACUCGAUUGUUAGUCUCGUUUGCUCGUUUGGAGGGUACGAAUGUGGCCCAGUUGCUCCGCAAGAGUGUCGAAGCUCGGGACUGGCUCAAAAGUUUGGAACCUCGGUCAGUACGUUCUGUGGUCAAACGAGUAAUUGAGGACUUGAACGAACUGGACCACCAGAUCAGUCAACUUCUGCCUUUGAAUGCGCGCAACAAGGAUCGUGGAAGCGAGUCUCGUUCCACUCGAAGUGGAUUUUCAAGCCUCCGUCCGAGUAGUUCUGCUCACUUUCUGGAAGCACAAAAUCGUGUACAUUCAUCCGGUACUUCAAGUGCCACUGAACUAGAUCCGGCACUGGCCACACAGUUGCGUCGGUUGUUCACACAGCGAGUAGAUAUAUUUGCUUCAGUCGAGGCGAAUUGUGAGUCUCUGUUGUUGGGAAUCAUCAAAAUCGGUUUGAAAACUUUGGUCGAAUGUGUUCGAUUGCAGACGUUUGGAAAAUUCGGACUGCAACAAAUUCAAGUGGAUUGCCGAUAUCUGCAAAUUCACCUGUGGCACUUUGUGAAUGACGAAAAAUUGAUCGGGAUGCUAUUGGACGAUGUGGUUUACAGUGUUCUUCAAAGAUGUGUAGACCCCCAGUUGAUGGAAGACAGUAUUGUGGACAGCAUAUGUGAUCGAGCCUAA